AUGCGUCUAUUGCUACUCAGCGCUCUACUGUUUUUGGGAGUAGUUGGUGCCCCAAACGGAGACGAAGUUGUUUCCCUUCCAGGACUGAGCUUCGUUCCGAAUUUUAAGCACUACUCCGGCUACUUGCAAGCUUCUUCAACCAAAUACUUCCACUAUUGGUUAUUUGGCGUGUGUAUUCGAAAUAUCUUGAUCAACUAUUUUCAGGUUCACGGAAUCUUCUCGAAAGCCGUCGCUUGAUCCCUUGAUUUUGUGGCUUAAUGGUGGACCCGGAUGUUCAAGUUUAGAAGGUUAAGGAUAAAAUAGAUCUCAAAAAAAUUUUCUUCCUGAAGUGCAGGACUGAUCGAGGAAUUGGGACCUUUCAAAGUUCAAGAUUUCGGCAAAACUGUCUAUCUUAACCCGUACUCAUGGAAUUCGGUAUGUAACAAAGCUUUGCAAAAAGAUUUCUCUCAGUUUGCGAACGUCCUUUUCCUCGAAUCUCCAGCAGGUGUUGGAUUUUCUUACUCAGUUGACGGGAAUAUUACUGUUUCUGACGAUGAUGUCGCUCUGCAGAACUACAACUCGUUGGUAAGCCGGGAGAAAAAUCAUAGAAAAAGGCAGAAUGUUUCAGGUUCAAUUUAUUGGGAAGUUCCCAGAGUACAAAGGGCGAGACUUUUACAUCACAGGAGAGUCCUAUGGAGGCGUGUACCUGCCAACCCUUGCUGUGCUAAUUUUGAGCGACAAAAUCAACUUUCCGAAUUUCAAGGCAUCGAAUCGCAACUCUUUCAUGAUUUAUUUGGUCGAUUGAAGGGAAUGGCCGUAGGUAACGGUGCUGUGAACUUCCCGAACAACUACAACACGAUGGUACCGCUUUACUACUACCACGCUUUGGUUCGCGACGAGUUAGUUUUUUUUCUUGAAGUUUCAACGUCAAAUUCUUUUUCAAGACUAUAUCAAAGAAUAGCAAAAACUUGCUGCAAUGGCCAUAUCGAAGGAUGCGAUAUUUUUGGCAAGUUCAGCGAUCCGACUUGUCGUAAUUUAAUCAUUGAGGUUUUUUUAGACUUGUGUAUUUUUGAAUUAGAGAAAGAAGUUUAAAAGAAGUAUAUAAGAAUCGAAGGUAGACUUGAAAAAGAAGGAAAAUUUCUGACAGGCUCUGAACGGAACGAACGACUUGAACCCCUACAAUUUGUAUUACACGUGUUACUACUCCCCAGACGGAAUUUCGAAGCACGCACACAUCGAAAAAGCGAUGCGUCGGAUUGCUGGUCUGCCGGUCAGGACGGCGGCCCCUCAAUCGGUUGGUAACAGAAAAAGAAAAAAGAAAAAAGAAAGUUCUAAAGCAGCUUUCCUUACAAAAAAUGCGUUUUUUUUUCGAAAAAAGUCCAGUAUCAAAAGGGGAUCCUAAAAUUGUCGAAACAUCAUUUUUGACGCUCAAAUUUUUGCCUGAAUCUCUUUGAUAUGGGACCUGCCUCACCUCCAAAAAUUCACAGAAAAAUAUUUUUUUUUUCGAUGUAAUGCCGUGUUCAAAGUAAUUUCGCGAAAUGCAAAAUGAUCUUUGACUCUCCAAAAUUUAGUUAUAUUUUUCUUUCUCUGACGGCUAUUUCACAUUUCGCGAAAUUCGAACACAGCAUAACCUUGAGUAAAGACGAGAACGUUCUCUAAUUAAUUUCGAUGUUUUAAAAAAGCUUUUCCUUCAAAAAAAAAACAAACGUCUCCAAAUGAGUUGAGAUUUUUCGAGACAUUUGAGGAGAUCUCGUUUCGGUCAAAAGUUGACAAUCUCAUUUCGUAUCGAGUUGCAGAAAUAAAUCUGAUCUUUUCUUGAGUAGACUGGACGCAAAUAAAAGGAUUUUGUAAGCAGAAAAGAUGAAAUAAUGGCGUAAUAUAUGAAGCUUUGCCGACUGUGAACGUCUUUUUCAGUAUCUCGUAGGGGUUUUUUAGAUUUCCGCAUGAGAAUUAGUGUUGACACUCUUUCAAAACGUCUUUUUGAAAGGAAAUAACGAGAUCACGAAAAUUAUUUUUUUUUUUUGAAUUUUUGAUAUCGUAUUCAAUUCUCAUUGAUUUAGAAGCCCAUGUGUUAAUUAAAUUUUUUUAUCCUGUUUCUCGAUGAAAUUAUUUUUAUCUUGAGCUCAAAAAACCCCGUCUCGCCCCUGACCUCUACUAUCAUGUGUUCAGACGGUCCCGUUAUGUGCUCAAACCAACAACACCUACGCCUACUUGAACCGAGCCGACGUGCGGAGAGCCCUGCACAUUCCCUCGUCGCUGCCUCUCUGGAACGAGUGCAGCAACGACGUUCUUAACGUCUACAAGACCACACACUUCGAAAUGACGCCCGAGUUCGAGAAAAUCAUCGCAGCCGGGGUCAAGGUGACGAUUUCGGUUUUAAAAAAAUUGUUUUUAGGUGAGACUUCGGAAAUACGAAUAAAUACUGUUAUUAUCUCUUAAUCUUAACAUUUUUUUGAGAAUUGUCUCGUUUUGAUUUGUAAAACAAUUACCUUUCUUCUUAUUUCACAAAUAUCAAGAAUGCAAAAAAAAAGCUUGCUAAUUUAAAAAGAAUUUCGAUGAGAGUUUAUUCCUUACAGAUAUAAUAUUGGAAGGUUUGAGCCGAUUUCUCAAGCUCGAGAAAUUGCGUCUAGAAAAGAACAACAACAAAAAAAAAAAUAAGUGUCAAUGGCAGAGAUUUAGACGUUGCUUUUUUUUGCGUCAUUUGUGUUGUGAACCUCUCGUUUCGCUUGAAAAAAAAAAAUGUAUUUUUCCAGUUCAAAUUUUCUUCUUAUAAAUUUGUAAUGAAUAGUUUGUCAAAUUGGUAGUUUCCGACUCAUUUAUCGAUACAUUUUCAGGUUUUGGUUUACAAUGGAGACGUUGAUACGGUGUGCAACCAUGUGAUGAACGCUCAAUUUUUGAGCAACCUCAACCGAACAAUUCUGGUAAAUUAUUCUUUUUUUUUUUGAAGCUCUACACGGGGAGCUUCCAUCUCGUGUUGCUAGGAAGAUUAGUUGCAGGGCAACGAGCGGGUCAACGAACCUUGGCGUUUCAGCGGCGAAACACCCGAGGACAGCGUCGCCGGCUUUCAGCUCAAGUACUCAGGAAGUCUGUUUCCUUUUUCGCCACUUUCUUGAGUUUGUGGUUGAUUAUAAUCAUAACAACUGUCUAUAACAUAUAUUUUCAUAGUUCAUGAUACUUUUCUGAAAAAAACCUCUUUUUAUUGGAUGUGGGAAAAAUUUGAAACGUGCGCCUCGAAAAAUUUUUUUAUAUUCAUAUUUUUUUGCAAAUAUCGAAUUCAAAUAAAACUUUCCGAAAUAAGAUCCAAAUAGUAAAGAAAAAAAUCCUCAAAUAAAAAAAUAAUCGGUUUUCGUUGAGCUAAAAAAACUUUUUUUCAAAGCUCUUUGCUGUUUAUUUCCCGAAUUUCAAAAAUUUCAAAAAAAUUUGUGAAACAAAUAAUUACUUGGUUCUUGAUCAUCACAGAUUAUUAGCUUGUUUCUUUGAUUUGCAACUUGAUGAAAAAUAUUCUCAUUUCAAAAUUCGACUGUUUAUUUGGUCGGAUUGUUGUGUCAAGGUCAACAAAACAACCCAUGCGCGUGGUGUUCGGCCAUGGGAAAUUCGUCGCCAUGUGGUUCAAAUUUGGUUUUUGAUCAUUACUUUUCCUCGGAUGAUGUCUAAAUAUGUCGCAAAAAGGUACUUCCAGACGUGGAUUUUGUGACGGUUCGAGGAAGCGGCCAUUUCGUGCCUCAGGACCGUCCUCGGGAAGCUCUCCAGCUGAUUUUCAACUUCGUCAACAACCGAGACUACUCGCUUGCCGUCGAUUUAACGCAUUGA